UUACUGUUAAAUACUAUUCUGCAUCCGACAAGUUAGUUAUUAAUUUGUUAUUGAUUUAUAUCGUCCAAUGUGUAAAGAAAUGUUAAAUAGAUAAAAUGCAUAAAUUUAUGGGAUUAUUUCUGCUUUUGGGCAUUAAUAAUAUGAGUGAUGCAUGUACGCAAACAGGAAGAUUCCCUAACAAUUCGGAACCCGAAUGCCGUGGUUUUGUAAUGUGCUUGAAAGGUGCAGCAGGUUUCAUGCAGUACAACCUUGUAUGCCCUGAACAUGCCAUAUACAGCCACAUAGAUAACCAAUGCACGAAUGUCACCGAGUACAAAUGCUGGCCCAAUUACAAGUGUACUAAAGAAGAAAAUAUCGUUGAACCUUCCAACGAAAACUGUACAUCUUUUAUAUCAUGUGUCAAGGAUUUCAAUAAUACCUUAUUAGCAAGACUCAUCGAGUGUCCUGUGAACAUGGUAUUUAAUGGAAGUACGUGCGUCGAAAAAGACGUCUAUCAGUGCCCCAAAAAAACAGAGACGACUAACACAGUACAUGUUACAAUUGAUAAUUUUUCUGGGAAUUUCACAUUGAAUUCAGUUGCUCCACUGUCAAUACAAUGUUUAACUGUUGGUGUAACAAUAUAUCUCAGUUUAAUGAUUUUGUAAUCGUAUCAACGCUGAUUAUUUUCAUGCGACAUUUCCUGCGUUUACAUAUUUUGUGUAAAGACGUGUUUCGUCAUAUAAACGAGCCCAAGGCUAAGACAAAUACAGCUCGUUCGUAAGUUAAACACCU